GAUUGAGGUCAUGCUCGAUCACUUGUUGGGGUCUUCUGAGCAUAGAUGCAAAGAACGUAAAUAGGAGGGGGUCCCAUAGACAUUCGCAGUCCUCAAGCCUUCUGAAGUCCACAUACCUUACUUCAUUGCCAUUGAUUCCCACUACCCAUCUCCAAACAAAUCGAUACCAUGAAGUAUUCUAUGCUUUCAAUUGUGGCCCUGGUCGCCCCUACCCUGGGCAAUCCAGCCUACUACUGGAGACAAUACCUCUCGCGCCCAAUCCAUCCAGCCAAUGCUGGAGAUGUCAUUGUCCACAACUAUAUUUCAUCCGAUGUGGAUGUGGAUGUAGAACCACAAGGGAUUCAAUUCACUCUCCAUCCCGGACAAGGACAAUCAGUUCCCGGUGCCCCGGUCGCGGAUGUGAAAUUCAACCAGGAGGUGGAAGUCAGCUAUGUUUCUGGUGAUCAAGGCACGUUUAAUUAUGUUAUUCAGCCAAUUGGCGGGAACUUCGAUGGUUGUGUCUAUGUAUCGCCGCAGGGAUGCGGCACUCUGAGCUGGUGCUCUGGAGAUCCCGCAUCGAACCCAGUGACCUGUCCCGAUGGAACAACCCUCCCAGUAAACUUGUAUCCCUCUAGAUCCAGGGGGAGGAAGACUGCACAUGAAUUUCUGCUGUAAUGGGAAGGCAGCAUACCACUGAUCGCACGCACAGCUAUUCAACCAGCUGAGUUUGCGAGCGACGAUCUAUUCAACAUAGCAGUCAUCUGUAAGGAAUUGUGGAUAGCUUACCUCGUGUAAUUGAAUAUAAUGGUAAAUCGGAAGAACUAAGAAUGACACCCAGUUUCGACUAGUAAGUAAUGGCUUUGCUGCGACAUGUAAAUGGGAGUG